AUGCUCCAAAGCAGGCGCCCGCAUCAGGGCGGUGCCGCUGCCAAAGCCACCUCGGGGGCACCUGGAACAACUCAUGGGUCCGGUUUGAGCGCAGACGGGACACCGUUGCGACCAGCAUCACAAGAAGACCUGAAAGAACUCAAGAGACUAUGUCAAGUCAUCGUGCGCAUGUUCUAUGAGGACCAUGCUGUGAUGAUUAUGGAUCAGCUUGCGAAAUUCGACGUUAUUGACGCUGUAAUGCUUGCGCGGCGUCUUGCCGUUGGAACAAAAGACCUCAAAGCUCAAAGUCAAAAGCUUCUUGAAGACCGAUUAAUAUCCAUACACUCACGCUACGAACAACCAGAACGAGAUCCCAACAAGCCGCCUCUGCCACCAGAAUUCAAGCAGCGCAUGAUCAAGCGCUCAUACUACUAUCUUGACCUUCCGACAUUCUUUUCGGUCGUAAAGUGGCGUGUCUUACAAAUCUACAAAUCCAUCGACUCUCUCACCUCCUCGGUCUCUGCAUUGACCAAGCGAGGCUACAUUUGCCCGCAGUGUCACAAGACAUAUGACAGCUUUGACGUUGCGCAUCUACUCGAUUUCAGCACAAAUACUUUGCGCUGCGAUGUACCGGGUUGUUUUGCAGAGCUAGAGCUCGACGAGGAUAAAGAGACCGCGAAGCGUAAGGAGGAUAAGAUGCAAGGUUUCAAUCAACAAUUUGGACGGAUCAUGGCCGGACUUCGCAAGCUAGAAGGCCUAGCUCUUCCAGAGAUGAACGUCGAAGCUUGGCUGGUCAUCCACGCAUCUGUUGGGCCGACUAUGUGGAAGGCGUACGACAUCAACGAUGACGAGAUCCGGGCGUUGGCGACCGAGGUCGCCGCCUUGCGUACCGCUGACUCAUCAUCUGCAAGCAAUAUCGCCAAUUCUGCUGCGCAGACCGAUUCGAACGGUCUAGCUAUCUCGCGCGGUGCGACGAACAGCAUGACCCGCGGAGGCCUCUCGGUCGACGUAUCCGCUGUGCUGGACCCUGCUUCCGAAGCUGCACGUCUCAAGGCGGCUGAAGAAGCGGCGCGCCAGAAGCGCGCGCAGAACGCCUUGCCCGAAUGGCACCUCGAGUCGACCGUCAGCGGAGAGGCUACAGCGCUCGGCCUCAAAGAGCAGAGGCGGAGGGCGGCAGAGGCUGGUGUCGAUGAAGACGGUGGUGAUGCUGAUGGACGGAGAGUUGCGCAAAUGGUGGAGGCGAAUGCAGCCGAUGCUACGGCUGAAUACUACGCUGCGCUCCGGAGCGGCGCCGGCAGCGAUAACGAGGACGAAGAUGAGGAAGAUGAAUUUAUUGAGGUGGAUCAGCAGCCCGCGGGCGCGCCCCUCGCAGAAGCUUCUGCCGUUACAGUGGGACAGCAGCUCAAGCGGCCUGCUCCAUCAGAGGGCGUGCAAGGGGGACCAGAUACUCAAAAGAAAGCGAAGCCUGACGAGCAGAAUCAGAAAGAACAACCUCCACCGCAAAUGUCAGCAUCCCCGGCGAAUGAGCAAGCGAAUGACGAGGAAGAGGAGGAAUUCGAAGAGGUGUAG